CACAGUGAGACUCCACGCCAGAGGACUUCAGCAUGGAGCUGUUCACCAAAACUCUGUUUCUGUGCUUAGCACUUGCCCUCACUAAUGGAGCACCUGCUGUACAACAAGAUGCCGCAGUAGAAGAUGCUGCUCUGCCAGACCGGUGUGAAGGCAUUGAGUUUGAUGCCAUCACUUCUGACGAGAAAGGAACCACUUUCUUCUUCAAAGGUCCCCACUUGUGGAAGGGUUAUCAUGGUUCAGCUCAGCCCUCCAAUGAGUACUUCAAGGAGCUCGAUGACAUUCCUAACAUUGGCCACGUCGAUGCUGCCUUCCGCAUGCACAACGUAGACAACCAAGAGACCCACGAUCACAUCUAUUUCUUACUGGAUGACAAGGUGUUCAGCUAUUAUAACCACACUCUGAAAGACGGGUAUCCUAAACCGAUCCAAGAUGACUUCCCAGGAGUCCCCACUCAUCUGGAUGCUGCUGUGGAGUGCCCCAAAGGAGAAUGCAUUGUCGACUCAGUUUUGUUCUUCAAGGGAAAUGAUGUCCAUGUUUAUGAUAUUACCACAAAGACAGUGAAGACCAAGACGUGGUCCCACCUACCCGUCUGCACCUCUGCUUUACGCUGGCUGGAGCACUACUACUGUUUCCAUGGACACAACUUCACCAGGUUCAACCCGGUAUCCGGAGAGGUGACCGGUACCUACCCAAAGGACGCCCGCAAUUACUUCAUGAGGUGUGCUAACUUUGGUCAUGGAGGUGGACCCCGUAAAUGCAGUGAGCUCAAAAUAGAUGCCAUCACUACUAACGAUGCUGGCAAAACUUAUUUCUUUGCAGGCCCCAUCUACAUGCGUCUGGACACCCAUCGAGACGGCCUUCACCCCUUCCAGAUCACCAGGGCGUGGAAGGAGGUGACCGACGGAGUGGACGCUGUCUUUUCCUACACUGACAAAAUGUACUUGAUUAAGCAUGAUCAGGUUUACAUCUAUAAAGAAGCGGUUCACUACACCCUGAUCGAAGGUUACCCUAAGACCGUGAAGGAGGAGCUCGGCGUUGAAGGACAUGUGGACGCUGCUUUUGUGUGUCCCAAGGACAACACAGUUCAUAUAAUCCAAGGACAGAGGAUUCGUAAUGUUGACCUGACCGCCACGCCCAGGGCCGUGACCCAAGAUCGGCCCUUGCCCUUGGAUGGCAUCGACGCUGCUCUGUGUGGCGCAGAUGGAAUUAAUUUGUUCAAGGGCUCCCAGUAUUACCACUAUGAUAGCCCCAUGAUACUGGCUUUGGGCAGAAUUGCCCCUUUGCCCGAGAACAUCACCUCAGCAAUGAUGGGAUGUGAGGAUUAGGAGACAGGGAUGGGAGAAUAUUUAACAUUCAUCUGUUUAUGUUUGGUGAAUAAAAAGUGGCAAA